UCUGUUCCCACCUUCCGCUUCCGCCUCCCGUUCGCGGAAGGUACUGGCGGGGCCUGUGGGAAGGUCGAGCAGGGGAGAGGGUGUCCGCGCCUCGCUGUCGGUACCAUGCUGGCUGUCAGUGUCCGCAGGUUUGCCACCUCCGCUCUCCGCAGGAGCCACUACGAGGACGGCCCUGGCAAGAACCUUCCAUUUUCUGUGGACAACAAAUGGCGGUUACUUGCAGUAAUGUGUGGAUUCUUUGGAAGUGGAUUUGUUGCCCCUUUCCUUAUAGUCAGACACCAGCUUCUUAAGAAAUGAAGAGGACAGACUGUAAUCGCGCCAGUCGGAGUUCAAGAUCACCUACACAGCAUCUUUCAGUGAGAAGAAGGAUAGCUACAAUUGUGUACCAUGAUGGAUAUGUCUAAAUAAAAUACUUAAAUCUGAA